CACAACCAAACUAACAUAACCUUAACAUUUUGUUGUAAACAUUUGCAAGUAUAAAUUAUUUUCUUUGAUUAAGACCUAAAUAAAGCUAAGAAAUGUCUCCAAUGAAACUUCAACCUACCACUACAGUCACCGCAGAUGAUAGUGAGGGCGACUUAUCUGCAGCCGAAUCGGAGCAUACAAAUUCAAGUCGAGAAAAUGAUCCCGCCCAUGACACCAGUGAAGGAGAUGAAGCAGAUUCGGACGAUAGUUCCGAAAUGGACGAAGACGAAUGCGAGACACGUAGAAAUGAAUGCAUGCAAAAUCUAUCGGACUUGGAACACCAAUUUACAUUUCUGCGUGAACAGUUAUAUCGUGAACGAAUAGCUCAGGUCGAACACCAGCUGGCUGAAGUAAAAGGCGGUCGUUCCCAAGAAUAUCUUGGCCCGUUACAAGAACUUCAAGAGAAUAUGAGGAUACGAACAGAGGUCGCCGGUGUUUUAAGACAAUUACGCCUUGCGAACAUACGAAAUAAGUUUGAUGCAGAGGAACAGGCCGCUAAACAAAACUUUGAGAGCGAGAAAAGUUUGGCAUGGGAUUACUUUUAUGAAGAUUUAAUGAAUACGAUUAGGCACUUGGAAGAAGACAGACACAAUAGUGAAUUGACAUGGGGCGAAGGAGGCGAAUGGGGAUCACGAUCGCGGUCUCGUUCGCGUCGCAAAGCUGUUACUGUUACCGGGCCAUACAUUGUUUACUUGCUUAAACCUCAAGACAUUAUGGAAGAUUGGACAAUUAUUAGAAAAGCGUUAAAAAGAUCUCCGUAGAUUAUAUUAGUUUGUAAGUUGUAAAUGUGCGAAAUAAAACAAAUUAUUAACAGUA